AUGCAAAAGUCUAGUGGUAAACUUUAUAUUAGACAAAUUCAAUCAGAAAGUUUAAGUCAACAAGGUUCCGCUCGUAACCAUAAAAACCCGCUUCAAACAUCUGCUAUGGCAAGUACAUUCAAUCCUCAAUUACAUUUACAAGAUCAAUCAGUGAUGGGCAGAGCUGCAAAAAUGGAUCCAAUGCUUCAAUUUGAUUAUAAUAGAAAUCCUAUAACACUCAAAUGUCGAUUGUAUAUAAUAAAAGCUAUAUUAUAUCGUGGCUGGGAUCAGUCAGGUAAAGCGGAUCCAUUCAUAAAAAUUGCAUUAAACAAUACUACUGUAAUUGAUGAUACUGCCGGAAAACUUCAAAAUACAUUAGAACCAGUUUUUGGCAAAUCAUUUGAAUUUGACGUUCAAUUACCAUUUGAAAAUUUAAUACGUAUACAACUGUGGGAUUGGGAUAUGACAAGUUCGAAUGAUAUGAUUGCUGAAACAAAAAUUGAUAUUGAAAAUCGUUGGUUUUCAUGUCAUCGAGCAACUUGUGGCUUAGCAAAAAGAUAUGACAGUGCGGGUUAUAAUAUUUGGCGUGAUACGAAAAAACCAACACAAAUUCUGGAAGAAUUUUGUCGAACAGUCAAUAUCAAUGCGCCUGUUUAUGCGCCAGAUUUUGGGUCCGUGGCAGUCGGCGAUGAACGUUUUAAAUGUGAUCAUGAAUGUCUUGAAUUUAUGAAGCUUACGAUAGAUACAGAAAAAUUACAUCGUAAAGCUCAUCAUGAAUCAACCGACGAUUAUUUAAAAGAAAAUACAGCAUUAUCUGCACUACAUGAGUGGGGGAAAAAAAUUAAUCCAAAACAUGCUUUGGUUACCGAACAUAUUGAAUGUCGAUCGCUAUUUAAUCCCAUCUAUCCCGGAACUGAACAAGGCAAAUUAGAAAUGUGGUUAGAUUUUUUUCCAAUGUCGCGACCACCUGGGUCUGCUAUGACUGAUAUUACACCGCCGAAGCCUACAAAUUAUCAAUUGCGAGUAACUGUCUGGAAUACAGCUGAUGUCGAAUUAAACGAUGAAAAUAUUCUGACAGGAGAAAAGACGUCAGAUAUUUAUGUUAAAGCAUGGAUUAUUGGAGAAAAAACGGAUGUACAACAAACUGAUAUUCAUUAUCGAUCAUUAACAGGCGAAGGAAAUUUUAAUUGGCGAUUUAUAUUCGAUUUUCAAUUUUUAGAUAUCGAACAAAAAAUUGUUUUUGAAUCAAAGGAUUCUGUUUUUCAAGUUGGUAAUACAGUCAAGAAAAUUCCACCAAGAGUUGUUAUUCGUGUUUAUGAUGCAGAUUUUUUCUCGGCUGAUGAUUUUCUUGGCGAAUGUAUUCUUAAUCUUACAUCUUUAAAGUGUGGUUCAAAAACAUCAGACUCAUGCAAAGCUAAGAUACUUGACGCAAAACAUGAAGGAAUAAAUUUAUUUACUAAAAAACGUAUUGCUGGUUGGUGGCCAAUGAUUGCUCCACAAAAACAAGGUGAAAUUCGUGGUGAAGAUUUAUUAGGCGGAAAAUUAGAAGCUGAGUUUUCGCUGAUAACCGCUGAAGAAGCAGAACAAAAUCCAGUUGGAAAAGCACGUGAAGCACCACAGCCACUUGACGAACCGAAUCGUCCGAAAAAUUCAUUUCUUUGGUUUCUAUCUCCAUGGAAAACAUUUCGUUAUAUUAUAUGGCGAAGUUACAAAUGGACACUUCUUCUUUCCAUCUUUAUUUUUCUUAUUCUUGUUUGUCUUCUAAUCGGACUCUGGACAUUGCCCGGUGAAAUUACGAAACAAGUGUUUACAACAACAAGGUCAAUAUUGAAUGAAAAUUUGAAAAUGAAUACAAAAGUUGCUCCUCUGAAUUCUGACCCAACGAAACAAUCCAACGAACAGGAUAUUGGAAAUAAAGUGCCAUAUGAUUCCAUGGAAACAAAGCUGGAAUUGAACAAGGAAAUUUUAGAAAAUGAAUUGCGUGAAGAAACUGAAGAAGUGCCUCAAAAAGGUAAAAAGCCUGAUGGACCAAAAUUAAAACCAUAUGAAAUUUAUAAAUAUGCUAAUAAAUGGGAUUUGUUAUUUAUGCUUUUGGGAACUAUUGCUGCUCUUGCCUCGGGUUGUGCAAUGCCAAUAAUGAUGUGGCUAUUUCAAAGUGUCACGAAUUCUUUAGUAAGCAUAGGGAAAACAAAUUCAACAACAACUACUAAUUGUUAUGUUGAUCCAAGUGGCUCAACUGAUCCAAUAGCAUCUAUUAAAGGCAUAAUAAAAUGGUAUGCAACAUUGGGUGCAUGUAGUAUUGUUGUACAUUGGAUGGCUUAUGGAUUUUGGAUGACUACAGCUGAACGGCAAUUACGUCGAAUUCGAUAUGGACUAUUUGGAAGUAUUAUGAGACAAGAAAUUGGUUGGUUUGAUUGUCUGAAUGCUGGACAAUUAUCUAGUCGUCUGAUUGAAGAUCUUGAUACUAUUCGAGAGGGAAUUGGCUUUCGUGUCGGCGAUUUUCUUUGUCUUCUGUCAAGAAUCAUUGCUACGUUAAUAUUUUCUUUGUAUACUGGUUGGAAAUUAACACUUGUAUUUCUGUCAAUCUCACCAUUAAUUGUUCUUUCAUUUAAUCUUUUAAUUCGAGUUAUUGUUCGAUACACUGCAAGAGAAUUAAAAGCAUAUAGUAAAGCCAAUGCAAUUGCACAAGAAGUUUUAGGUGCCAUAAGAACAGUAACAGCAUUUGGUGGGCAAAAUAAAGAAAUACAAAGGUACGAAAAAAAUCUAACUAAAGGUCGGCACAUUGGUAUUCAAAAGGGUGUUAUGCUUGGCAUAACACAAGGUUUAGUGAAUAUUGUUUUAUAUGGUGGCAUUGCAAUUAUUUUUUGGUAUGGACCGUAUUUAAUUCGAACGGAAUGUAAAGAUUAUUCUGCUGGUCAUUGGAUGGUUAUAUUUAUUUCUUGUUUAACAUCAACAUUCGCAUUAGCUAAUCUAGUUCCUAAUAUACAAGCAUUUGCUGAAGCACUGGGCUCGGGUGGAUACGUAUUUGAUAUAAUUCAACGUCAAUCAAAAAUAAAUGUAUUUGAUAAUGUUGGAGAAAUUCCAUCGAAAUUUACUGGUGAUAUUGAAUUUAAAAAUGUUCAUUUCACCUUUCCAUCACGACAAGAAGCGCCUAUUCUGAAUGGUUUAAACGUGAAAAUUCCAUCGGGUAAGACACUGGCACUUUGUGGACCAUCCGGUUGUGGUAAGAGUACAACAAUACAAUUGAUUCAACGAUUCUACGAUCCAGAGCAAGGACAAAUUACAUUAGAUGGUCACGAUAUACGUUCACUUAAUUUACGAUGGCUUCGAUCAAAUAUUGGUAUUGUUUCUCAAGAGCCUGUACUAUUUUUUGGUACAAUUGAAAAUAAUAUUCGCUAUGGAAAACUUGACGCAACCGACGAAGAAGUCAUUGCUGCUGCUAAAAUGGCUAAUGCACACGAUUUUAUUAUGCAAUUACCACAUAAUUAUAAAACAUCAUCAGGCGAUAAAUUGAGUGGUGGUCAAAAACAGCGAGUUGCUAUUGCUCGAGCUUUAAUAUCGAAUCCAAAAAUUUUACUACUUGAUGAAGCCACAUCUGCUUUAGAUAAUCAAGGUGAAAAACUUGUUCAAGAAGCAUUAGACAAAGCGAAAGAAGGUCGGACAACUAUAGUUAUAGCACAUCGUUUAAGUACAAUAAAAAAUGCAGAUAUUAUUGUUGGAAUAGAACACGGCCAAGUCGUUGAAUAUGGUUCACACAAUGAAUUAAUGCAACAUAAAGGACUCUACUAUGAAUUAGUUACUGCUCAAACUGAAAAAGAAAAAGAAGUCGAGAGUGAUAUAGAAAAUGAAAUGGAAGAAACAUUAGCUAGACAAGCUGGCGAAUCAAUCAAACAUAAAAUGCGUCGUCCACCUCGUCGUAUGUCAAUCAUGAUGAGACGCUCCUCGAUUGUUUCAGUUAAAUCAGUCAUAUCAGAAACUACUAGUGAGACAGGACACGAUGGUGUUAUCGUCGAAGAUGCAGAAAGAAAACCAUCUUUUAGUAUGCCAUUUUUAUUUAAAAUCUUACGAUUGAAUUCUCCCGAAUGGUUAUAUCUUGUAAUUGGCGGAUUUGCUUCACUUGUUUUUGGUGCAGUUAUGCCAUCAUUUGCAUUAGUUUUUUCUGAAGUAUUUGGUGCCUUAGCAGAAACAGAUUUACAAAAACAAGAAGAUGAAAUACGUAUGUACACAUACGUCAUAUUUUUAGUUGGUGCUGCUGGUGCAAUCAGUCAAAUAAUAUCGUCAGUUGCUUUAGCUAAAGCUGGAGAAGAAUUAACAAUGCGCAUACGAAUACUUUCAUUUAAGAGUAUGCUUCGACAAGAAAUUGGAUGGUUUGAUUUGGAUCAAAAUAAUCUCGGAGCAUUAGUAACACGACUAUCAUCCGAUGCGUCUGCACUUAAAGGAUUCACUGGUCCUACAUUUGGUGCUGCUCUAAAUGCAAUUGGCGCAUUGAUUACUGCUCUUGUUAUCAGUUUUACAGCUGGAUGGAAACUUACAUUAGUUAUUCUUUGUUUUACUCCAUUGAUGGUAUUCACAGGUCUUAUUCAAGGACAGCAAAUUUCUAAGGCCAGUGAAAAAGGAAAAGAAUCAACAUCGGAUGCUGAAGAUGGAGGGAAAUAUGCUACACAAGCUAUUGAAAAUGUUCGUACAGUUGUAUCACUUCGUCGAGAAGAAAGAUUUAUUGAAUUGUAUCAAGAAGCAUAUGAUCAUGAUUUCCGAAAACGACUGGUUUAUCUUCAUUACAUAUCAUUUGCUAAUGCACUUGCAAAUUCAUUGAUGUUUUUUAUUCAUGCAGCAUCAUUUGGUUAUGGUGUAACAUUGAUACAAAGCAAUGAAAUGACUUUUGAUGGUGUUUUUCGUGUCUUUAGCGUUAUUACUUUUUCUGCGAUGUCUAUCGGACGUAGCGCAUCUAUGGCGCCAAGUUAUUCAAAAGGCAAAGCGAGUGCGGAACGUAUUUUUGAAUUGAAUCAACGUGAAUCAAAAGUCGAUCCUGAAGAUACAUCUGGCAUUACACUUUCUGAUAUAACUGGAAAUAUUGAAUUUCGAGAUGUUCGAUUUCGUUAUCCAGCUCGACCAAAACUUCGUAUAUUACGUCAUUUAAAUCUAUCGUGUAGUUCAGGUGAAACAACAGCACUCGUAGGUCCAUCGGGUAGUGGAAAAUCGACCACUGUCGCAUUAAUACAACGUUUUUAUGAUCCACUUACUGGUACAGUUCUUCUCGAUGGGCACGAUGUAAAAACAUUAAAUAUUCAAUGGUUACGAUCGGUGUUGGGUCUCGUCCAACAAGAACCAGUUCUUUUCAAUCUUUCAAUUCGUGAUAAUAUUGCUUACGGUGAUAAUAGUCGGCAAUUAACACAAGAUGACAUUCAACAAGCGGCAUUAAAAGCGAAUAUUCAUGCUAUCAUUACAUCGUUACCACAGGGAUAUGAUACACUAUGUGGUGCUAAAGGUGGUCAAUUAUCAGGUGGACAAAAGCAGCGAAUUGCUAUUGCUCGAGCAUUAGUUAGAAACCCAAAGAUUCUUCUUCUCGAUGAAGCUACAUCAGCAUUAGAUAAUAAAAGUGAACGAAUUGUACAAGAGGCAUUGGAUCAAGCACGAACUGGUCGAACUUGUUUAACGAUUGCUCAUCGUUUGUCAACAAUUCGAAAUUCAGAAAAAAUCUGCGUUGUUGACCGUGGUCAAAUUAAAGAAAGUGGUCGUCAUGAUCAAUUAAUUCAAAAACAAGGCAUCUAUUAUAAACUAAAUAUGGCUCAAGAACGUCCAGACAAUCAAAAACACACAUACAUAGGUGCAUCUGAUACUGUUGGCAUUGGAACAUUGAAUCCUUCGAGAGGUGGUUGGGUGCCAAAGUUUGCAUCACUAAUUUGUGCAGAACAAACCAUUCAUCUUGGCCGUAGUGGAUCAGCACUUAGUGAUGCAAUUAAUCAACAGUUACCAAAUGUUAUUACGAUUUGGUUAGCUGUCAAUGAUUUUAAUCGACAAGUAUAUAAUAAAUCGAUUUUAAAUAGUUAUACGUCAAAUUUAAAUGAAAUGGUAUCUCAAUUAAGAAAUAAAUUCGAUAAAGAUACACGAAUUUUGGCGGACAAUAUUCCAGAUCUAUCGAAAGUAGUUGCGGAGAGUAAACGAUGGAAUAAUUCUAUUAAACAAAUUGUUUAUGAACAUCGAUGUGAUCUUGUAGAUUUAUAUUCUUAUUGGAAAAAAUUAGGCGAACAUCCUGAAUAUAUAUCAUUCGAUGGAUUUCAUCCAUCAGCUGAAGGAUAUGAAAGACUUGCACAAAUAUUUUUUCAACAAUAUUUAAAAUAA